UCUCGGUGACGCUGUUGCUGCAAAUGUCUAUAGAAUAUCGAGUUACAAUACGCCCCAUCUUUAAGCCCAGUCUAUGCGCCGUUAGCCGGAGUACAACAGGACACGUCCUGUGUAAGCCGCCAGCCAAGGGUCAACGCCUGUGCCAUGACUACGUGAAGAGUAGCACUCAUCGGUUGAUAGGCAGCUAUCACAUCUACCAGGAAUAAAAGACAUGAUUGAGACAAUGGAUACCCAGCGUGCCUUGCAGGCAGUGGAGCGUCUCCAGGCCAAGCUGAAGGACCGGGGGGAGGUCCCCACCGAGGAGAAGCUCAGCCUGCUCAAGUCAGUUCUCCAGAGCCCCCUGUUCCACCAGAUUCUUGCCCUGCAGAAGUCUGUCCAGCUCCUCAAAGACCAGGGUGGUGUCACAUCAUCACUUAGCGAUGACCUGAGUGAAUGCUACACAUCAGCCCAGGCCAAUGGUGGCCAUCUUGCCUACCCAGAAGCCUCCACUAGUACACAGGUCAAUGGGAAGCAAUCGCCUGAGGAAUUUGAGCACAUCAUUCGCUCCAUGGCUCAGGGGCGCUACGUGACGCACAUGGAGCUGGUGAAGCCACUGUCUGGGGGUCUGGGCUUCAGCGUGGUUGGCCUGAGGAGCGAGAACCGCGGGGAGCUGGGCAUCUUCGUCCAGGAGAUCCAGCCCGGGAGCGUGGCCCACUGCGAUGGGAAGCUGAAGGAGUCAGACCAGAUCUUGGCCAUCAACGGUCAACCCCUGGACCAGACAGUGACCCACCAGCAGGCCAUAGGCAUCCUGCAGAGAGCAUCUGAGUGCGUGCAGCUCACUAUAGCCAGAGGACCCAUUCCUCAGCUGGCCAGCCCAGUGGUGUCCCGUACCCCCUCCGCUGCCAGCACCCUGUCUGCCCACUCCAGUGCGGCCCACUGGAAUCAUGUGGAGACCAUGGAGCUGGUCAACGACGGGACAGGCCUGGGCUUUGGCAUUGUGGGAGGAAAGACCACCGGUGUCAUUGUCAAAACCAUCCUGCCUGGAGGCAUCGCUGAUCAGGAUGGGCAUCUGCGCAGUGGGGACCACAUCCUCAAGAUUGGGGACACUGACCUAUAUGGCAUGGGAAGUGAGCAGGUGGCUAAGGUCCUGAGGCAGUGUGGUAACCGAGUGAAGUUGGUCAUCACCAGAGGCCCUCCAGAGGAGACCGCCAUCGUCCCAAUGGUGUUGCCCACGGUCACAGAGCAACAGGGAUACGAGGAAGAGGAGGCCGAAGCGUUUGACGUUGGGCUGACCAAGAACGCCCAGGGUCUGGGAAUCACCAUCGCCGGCUAUGUGGGGGACAAACAUUCUGAGCCCUCUGGUAUUUUCGUGAAAAGUAUAACUAAAGACAGUGCGGUAGAGCAAGACGGCCGGAUCCAUGUUGGGGACCAGAUCAUAGCCGUGGACGGUAAUAACAUCCAGGGAUACACCAACCAGCAGGCCGUGGAGGUGCUGAGACACACGAGCCAGACAGUUCACCUGAAGCUGAUCAGGCGAGGCUUCCGUCCAGAGGAUAUCCCACCCGCUGUGGUGCCCAGUGUGAUCGUAGUCUCACCAACCCCAGGGGGCAGAGACACGACACUGGAGAAGACGGAUGUUGUGGACGCCACCACUCAAGGUAAGAAACAGUACCAGGCAUUGAGUGAGGAAUCUGAUGUCACCAACGUGAAGGAUCAGUUAACUGAGAAGACCAGAGACGAAGCAAAGCUAACAGAGGAUGAGGAGAUAGAGCUGAAGAAGAAGUGGCAGGAGACUCUCGGCCCCAGCAAGGAAGUAGUGGUUGCCCAAGUGGAGAAGUUCAGUGAGAGCAGUGGUCUGGGAAUCAGUCUGGAUGCCAACAGCGGGCACCACUACAUCCGCUCCGUCCUGCCGGAGGGGCCAGUGGGACGCUGUGGGAAACUCUUCAGUGGGGACGAACUGCUCGAAGUUAAUGGAAUAUCCCUGAUUGGUGAGACCCACAAGGAAGUGGUGAGCAUUCUGAAGGAGCUGCCUGUCUGUGUCUACAUGACUUGCUGUAGGCCCGCCCCUCUCCUGAAGAGUGACAGGGAUUCUGGCCAACCGGGGUUGGAUGAAUUUGCUACUGAACCUAUAAUGAAGAUACAGGGAGACCUCGGCAGUUUCCUGGUUUUCGAAGGUUCCGAGGGGGUGGCGACGAGGGAAAAUGUAACAGAUGAGACACUCGGAGCUCCUUUGGCCAUGUGGGAGACGGAGAUACAGGACAUUGAGCUGGAGAAGGGUGAGAGCGGACUGGGAUUCAGCAUCUUGGACUACCAGGACCCAAUGGAUCCUGCCAAGACGGUGAUUGUGAUUCGCUCUCUGGUGUCUGAAGGAGUGGCAGAACAGGAUGGCAGGCUAUUGCCAGGUGACCGGCUCAUGUUCGUCAACAGCACCAACCUGGACAACGCCAGUCUGGAGGACGCUGUCCAGGCAUUGAAGGGGGCUAACAUCGGCACGGUCCACAUUGGGGUGGCCAAACCACUACCUAUUGACUCCAAUGAGGUAGACCUGACCGACGAGAGGGUGUUGGCGCAUCGCUUCUCUGGCGAGGAGGAUGACACCUUCCAGGCAUCCAUGAUUGCCCUCCAUGGCAGCACCUGCAGCGCUGACCUGUCCUACCAGAUGAUCUUUCAGUCCUCCACACCCAAGCGGAAUGCUCGUCUGGACUUGUUGACCGAACAUCCCUUCGUGACGUUGUCCUGCCUCGCAGACGACACUGAACCCUUUUCCCCGGAGGAGAAGCACAUCGCUUUCCCCCUGCCCAGGAGUAUUGGAAGUCACACCCUAAUGAUUGACAACAACACACUAGCUAUCUCCGAUCAGUACCUGGCGCAUCAAUUAACCCAAUUGGAGCCGUCAGAUCUGUCGAACUCGUGCAGUCCGUACACUGACCCCGAGCCCGGUUUGAAUGAUUUGGGGGAGCCAAUGCAGUCUCUUCGUUUUCCGGUGGAGCCCACCAUGGUCGUUGCAGACAUAGGGGAGAUGGAAUGCUUAAUGAAGGGGGAUGAGCCAUCUGUAAAGCAGUCCAAAGAGGAAGGGGAGAUUAGAACCACUGGGAGUAAUUUUGAAAGGACAAUCACUGUUGUCAAGGGCAACUCCAGUCUCGGAAUGACGGUGAGCGCCGUCAAGGAUGGCUUGGGGAUGCACAUCCGCAGCAUCAUCCACGGAGGCUCCAUCAGCCGAGACGGCCGUCUGGGGGUGGGCGACCUCAUCCUGGCCAUCAACGGCGAGCCCACGGCCAACCUGACCAAUACACAGGCCCGCGCCAUGCUCCGGAGACACUCCCUCAUCGGGCCAGACAUGGGAUCUGCUUGUGCACCAGAGGACGAUCUGUGCCCCUUUUAUGUCAUCACCUAUGUUCCCAUGGAGUAUCUGGAGGAGUACAAGGCCAGCCUGGAGCAGCCUAAAGAUGACAUCUUCUCUGAUGCUCCUCAGGCCCCAAAAAGAGAAAUCCCAGAACUCCCAGAGAGGGAGGAAGGAGAGGGAGAGGAGAGCGAGCUACAGAGUGCCACCUUCAGUAACUGGAACCAGCCCAGGAAGGUGGAGCUCAAAAAAGAAGCUGGCAAGUCCCUUGGCAUCAGCAUUGUGGGGGGCAGAGGAAUGGGCAGUCGCCUCAGCAACGGCGAGGUGAUGCGGGGCAUCUUCAUCAAACACAUCCUGGAGGACAGCCCCGCCGGCCGGGACGGGACCCUGAAGACAGGAGACAGGGUUGUUGAGGUGGAUGGCGUGGACUUGAGAGAUGCCAGUCACGAGCAGGCUGUGGAGGCCAUCCGCAGGGCAGGAAACCCUGUCGUGUUCCUCGUGCAGAGUAUCGUCCACAGGCCCAGGAAGGCGCCCCUACCCUUUCUUCUGCGGCUAAACACCCACCCCGGAUCCAACCCACAACCCACUAAUCAAACCUCUGCCGGCUUAUUAUCUCCUGCCUCUCCGCUUCAGUCCUCAACCACGGACACCAACGAGGAGAGGGCGGUGGCCAUGGCACGGCGCAAUAGUGACAAGGAGGUUGAGAGUCACAGUAGACUAUUCCUACGCCUCUCCCCAACUAACCCUUUCACUCCUACUCCGUUUAAGCCACUAAAGAGGGAAGCGGGAAAGUCAUCGUCCACCACUCCUCACCUCUCGCUUCCCGUGGUUCCCCACGUCGGAGAGACAGACACCGAUACCCUGACAGAGAUUCCCGACAGACAGGCCCAGGCGGAAGACGAGGAUGAGUUUGGCUACAGCUGGAAGAGCAUCAUUCAGCGCUACGGCAGCCUUCCGGGGCUGCUGCACAUGAUUGAGCUGGAGAAGGGGAAGACCGGCCUGGGCCUUAGUCUGGCUGGCAACCGCGACCGCUCUCGCCUGAGCGUGUUUGUGGUCGGGAUCGACCCCUGUGGCGCCGCCGUCAAAGAUGGUCGCAUUGUGGUUGGGGAUGAACUGUUGGAGAUCAACGGGCAGAUUCUGUAUGGGCGGAGUCACCAGAAUGCCUCCUCCAUCAUCAAAAGCGCUCCGUCAAAGGUCAAGAUCAUUUUCAUCAGGAACACAGAUGCUCUGAACCAGAUGGCUGUAGGACCAGUGAGGGAACAUGGAGAUACCCUGGAGCCCCAGACGGAGCUGGAAACAUGUACUUCCAUUGCACCCUCGGCGAUCGAUGUCGACAUGUUCAAGUAUGUGCAGCACGUCAUUCUGCCGAAGGAGGAGGGUGGAUUCGGCAUCACUUUCAGUGAGGAAGACCCCACGAACGGGGUGGUGAUUCAGAGUAUAACUGAAAAAGGACCAGCGGGAAAGGACGGCAGCAUCAAAUCUGGAGAUAAACUCCUGGCUGUGGAGGAUGAACCAGUGGUGGGCUACACUGUGGAGAGGGUCCACUCUCUACUGGGGAACGCCAAAGGCUCCGUGAAGUUGACAAUCUGCGCGAAUGAGUCAUUGCCCCUCCCCCCCUUCUAUACUGAUCAGGCCACCAGCAUCCCUAGCAUCUACAUGGCUAACCUGGGCCAGCCUGAGUCAGAGCCAAUCAGGAGCUCAAGUCGCUCGUCCACCCCUGGUACUCUGGCCUCCUCUGACCCUGUGACCUGUCCCAUCAUCCCCGGCUGUGAGACCACCAUAGACAUCUCCAAAGGCCACACGGGCCUGGGCCUCAGCAUCGUGGGGGGCUGUGACACUCUAUUGGGGACCAUCAUCAUUCACGAGGUCUAUGAGGAGGGAGCUGCCUCCAAGGAUGGGAGACUUUGGGCUGGGGACCAGAUCCUGGAGGUGAAUGGCAUUGACCUGCGCGUGGCCACUCAUGACGAAGCUAUCAACGUGCUACGGCAGACCCCUCAGCGGGUGCGUCUGAGCGUGUUCAGGGAUGAGGCCCAGUACAAGGAGGAGGACCUGUGGGAUGCCUUUACCGUGGAGCUGAACAAGAAGCCCGGCCAGGGCCUGGGCCUCAGCAUCGUGGGGAGAAGGAAACGAAAAAGGAAACCUUCUAGAACCGGUACCGAAUUGAAGAGUCUGAGCGGGAACUGGAACGACACAGGGGUGUUUGUGUCGGACAUAGUGAAAGGGGGCGUGGUGGAGAGUGACGGGAGGCUGAUGCAGGGAGACCAGAUCCUGUCCGUCAACAAGGAGGAUGUCAGAAACGCCACCCAGGAGUCAGUGGCUGCACUGCUGAAGUGUGGUGUGGGACCCAUAGUGAUGGAGGUGGGCAGAUUUAAAGCCGGACCCUUUCACUCUGAGAGAAGGUUCUCACAGAGCAGUCAGAUAAGUGAAACGGGCAGCUGCAAGGUGACCCCUCACUCGCUGUCAGCCUCCUCUGGUAGCCUCCAGAUGGACUGUGACAGCGUACAACAUACAACACUGGACCACCAGGAGAUCAGAAUUGUUGAAUUCACAAAGGGUUUCACUGAUUCAUUGGGCAUCAGUAUUGCGGGUGGAGUGGGCAGUCCCCUGGGCGAUGUGCCCAUCUUCAUCGCCAUGAUGAACCCUACCGGCCUCGCUGCCCAGACACACAAACUCAAGAUCGGUGACAUGAUCGUCAGUAUCUGUGGGACCGCUACUGAGGGUAUGAGCCACAGCCAGGCCGUCACCCUGCUGAAGAAUGCCACCGGCACCAUCGAACUGCAGGUGGUAGCAGGGCGUGAUACCACAGUGACCGGCCCGUCUCAGGAGCAGACAGCUGCCGGACUCUCAGUCUCCAGCCUUACUGCUACUAGCAUCUUCCACGACGACCUGGGACCUCCUCAAUAUAAGACCAUUACCCUGGCCAGGGGCCCAGAUGGCCUGGGCUUCAGCAUUGUUGGUGGCUUUGGAAGCCCACAUGGAGACCUGCCCAUUUAUGUGAAAACCGUGUUUGGGAAGGGGGCAGCGUCAGAGGACGGGCGUCUGAAGCGGGGGGAUCAGAUUAUGGCUGUUAACGGACAGAGUCUGGAGGGGGUCACCCACGAGGAGGCUGUGGGCAUCCUGAAGAGGACCAAGGGAACAAUUGCCCUCACUGUGCUCUCCUAGACACACAUGCACACCUCACCCUACACGCAUAGACAAAGACUCAUACCUUGGUGUAGACACACACUCACCCUAAUAUACUGUAUAUGUAUUGAAAUGUGAACACACCCAUUCCUAAACUCUAACAUGCUGACCAAACCGGACGCGCGCAAGUUGAUUUUGUUCACCCACACCAGAAGCGAUCAGGACACACAGGUUGAAAUAUCAAAACAAACUCUGAACCAAUUAUGUUAAUUUGUGGACAGGUCGAAUAGCAUUAAACAUUUAUGGCAAUUUAGCUAGCUAGCUUGCUAGUUCAUUUGUCCCGGGAUAUAAACAUUGGGUUGUUAUUUUACCUGAAAUGCACAAGGUCCUCUUCUCCGACAGAUAAAACGGUAAACCAAAUUAGUUUCUCGUCAUCUCUCUUCCUUUCUUCAGGCUUCUUUCUCUUCUUUGGACUUUAUAUGGUGGUUGGCAACCAACUUUACGGUGCAUUCCAGCGACUCCUGUGGCGGGCCGGGCGCAGUGCGCGCUAACCAAGGUUGCCAGGUGCACGGUGUUUCCUCUGACACAUUGGUGCGGCUGGCUUCCGGGUUGGAUGCGCGCUGUGUUAAGAAGCAGUGCGGCUUGGUUGGGUUGUGAAUCGGAGGACGCAUGACUUUCAACCUUCGUCUCUCCCGAGCCCUUACGGGAGUUGUAGCGAUGAGACAAGAAAGUAGCUACUAAAAACAAUUGGACACCACGAAAAAGGGGUAAAAAUACAAAAAUAUCAACAACAAAAAAACAUUACGUUGCAUUACUACAACCGACUGGAGUGAGGACCUCAGUUAAUCUUUCAAUCACCCACGUGGGUAUAUGCUCCUAAACACCGUAGGAUAAAGAGGCAGGACUUGCAGCGCGUUGAGUUUGACAAAUAGAACCAACUUCUAUUUUAGCGCCUGGCCACGCAGACGCUAGCAAGCAGGGUGGGUGCAUCGAUUGAAUACCAGGUAUGUGUACAUUUAUUUUGCAACCUUCGCAAGAAGGUUACAAGAAGCUACUGCAGGUAGACUGAAAUAUUCACUGGACAAUGUGACUCAGAUCUUUUAUACUCUAGUUUUCUAUGCUCAGAUAUGGACUGUGUUAUUAUGAUAUUUAGGGUUAAGGGCCCUUUUAAGCAAUAUCUGAAAAAUAUUGGUAGAAUAAGACCAUUAUUUAAAGCUUAUGCUACUGUAAACUGCUGUCCAUCCUCUUCUAUAGUGAAGUCACUGUCGUAUUUAAGUCUAGACUCUAGACUGAAUAACAUUUGAAUAACGUUUUGUUUGUGACGCAAACCACCUUUUCAGGAGUGAAAUGAUCUUAAAGCUUUGGUUUCUUGGUCAGAAGUUCUACAGACCAAGUAUCUAAGUGUGUGUACAUGGUCACACACUCAGGGAAAGGAGAGGGUGCGUAUGAGACGUAGUGUAGUUUUACUAAUGCAGAUGUGAAGUAUUGUUUCACAGUAUUUUACCGUUCAAGUAUUACCUAUUUUUAUGGUCAUUGUCUGCCAUGACCAUACUUUAUCAUAAUAUGAUAGUAGGUGAAGGAAACCAGUUUAUAUGGUCCAUCUCAGCUGUCUCCAACCUGGAGAGUUAUUGCAGCCUUUUACUCAAACCUAGCACUAGCACAGCUGUUUCACAUAAUCAACCUUUGACCAUUUUCAGUAUGGACAACAAUUAGCCGAAUCAAUUGUGUUGGGCUGGAACAAAAGCCUGUACACCCGGUCACUCUCCAGGAAGUUGGAGCUUCCUAAUUCAACUCAAACCAUUAGCUAGAUACCCCAUGUUAUAGUUUCACAACAAUGAAUCCCCUUUUUAACAUGGCGUCAGUCACUCUUACAGAUGUAGGGUCUUAAUUUGAGCCAGUUUGCGACAGCAGGAAAAUAAUCCUGCAGCAACAGGAAAUGUGAAUUAUUAUGUGGGAUUAUAAUUAUGGACAUUUUUGUAGGGGAUUCCAAGUGGAAAUUAACAAACUUCAGAAGCCUUUUUAAACCUGCUUCUCCAGCAACAGGGUGAUCAAAUUAAGAUCCUAUAUUACAAUAUAUGUGUACCUAGUUAAGUACAUCCAGCACAGUAUUGAGUUGUUCAGAGGCUGAAUUAAUAAAAGUUACCUUCAAGCCCCAGUUAUUGAUUGGUUUUAUUUGAGUAAUGUCAUAGAGUCCAUAGGCUUUUCAUUACUGUGUCUAACUGUUUUUGUAACAGUUAACAGGCAAUUCUAUUGAGAAUAUCCACCAAGCGGUAGUUGUUAUUGGAGGCUUACGGCGUCACACAAGACCUGCACAUCUGACUAAUAUAUCAUGUGGAUUCAGGAUUUAUGAGGAUGUGAGGUGCGAAUGUGGCUUAUGCAGCUGAUAUAUUAUUAGCUAGAGGCUAUACCUACUGUAAGAUUAAAAUGAAUGGCUCCAAACCCACACAUCUAAGCAGAAAAUGUACAGUAUAUCAAAUCUGAUACUUUCUUGGAUAUCUAAAGGAUAGUAAUGUCAUACAUAAUGCAGUUACUUCAUCCUUAGUCAUGUUCUUUAGGCACCAAAUGGAAGAAAAUUGACUACCUAGACCUUUCCAAUGUGAAACGAAUGUUCCUUUUCUGUUGCAAAAUGUAAAGAUUUUUGGAUGAGAGCCCAAAAGAACAAACCCAGGUUGUUCUAUGGAGCUUUUUCAGAGUGAGAGUAGAGAAAGAAUCUCUGUUUAAAUUUACUGUAGGAUGUCCACACAGACAGCUGUUUCACAGUAUAGCAUGUGGUCUGUGUGAGGUCCUCCUACACAUGAAAUCCUUUUCUUAAGCUACAGUAGUUUAAAGAAAAAAAACAGAAGUGUUCAAUUACCAUGGGAAGUCAAGCGGACCGGUUGAAGGGUGAAACCCAGGGCAGCAUCUUUCACUGGGGAUGGGAGGGAUGUGACCCCCCCCCCUCCAUGUUCUGAAAUUGCAUUUUGUCCACCCAAGUUUCAUAAUUGCACUGUGAUACAAAAAGAGGCAUCUGUGUGCUUUUGGACCAUGCGGACGCCUCAGAGCGGUCAGGUAGGCUGUUUGGUGUAAUGAGCUGGCUGGAUUUAGGAACACACAUACACCUGCACAGAGCGUACAAGUUGUAAAAGCAACUUGUUUUCACCAGUUGGUGUACCAUUAGAUCUAGCCAAAAGUUGGCUAACAUUAGUGAGCUUUAGCCAUUAGUUUUGCCUCAAUCACACUAGAUCUGAAUCAAAGAAUGAAAUUGAAGACUGAUAUUCUGAUGUUUUUAUUAGUCAGUAUAGCAAUAUAAAGUUAUUGCGCUUUCAGUUUCACUAGCUAAUUCCCUACUUUUCACACUGACAAGGUAUAAACAGCUCUACAGGCUUCACUGCCAUGGUGCACAGUCAGUACACAACACUAUGCUCAUCAUGUCUUCGCAGGAUCCGAUUGUGACCAGUGUCCCAGCAGGGUCAGACAGCCAGGGAAGACCAGUCUACGGAGCUCAGGAUCAGAUGGUAGCAGGCAUCUCAGCAGGGUCAGGCAACCAGGGAAGACCAGUCUGUUAUGGCACUACGGUGAACAUUUGCAGAUGCAACACUAUUAUUUAUGUGUGGCAAACACUGGACAAGCCAGAAGCGUCCAAGAUUGAAACUACUGUACUUUAUUAAGGCAGUCUGAUAAACCUCAAGUUGAUUUCCAAACUGUAUCCAGGGUUGAUGGAGGCUUUUCCUGAUGACACAAAUGACACAAAACAUGUAAAACAACAACGUGACCUGGGAGACUUGAUGAUGAUGAAUGGAUACAGAUAUAUUAGAAUGCCCAGUCACGUUCAUAUCAUCUCAGACAUAAAUUACUGCAGUUUAAGACCAUCCAUAGAACGUGCUAUAUGCCAGUCAAACUGAAUAUCAGGCACUCAGAAAUGUUAUUCCUCUGCUGGAGGUGUAAAACACAAAAGGGGACAUAUUUUUAUUUGUUAUGGUCUUGUAAAGGCUGGAUGGAUUCUGGCAAAGAGUAUGCUAUUUUAUAUCAGCAUAUCUACAGAUUCUCCCUUCUCCCUGUUUUUCUUUGCUUGGAAAUGUUGAUACUGGAGACUUAUCAGAAAAAACUGUGUAACCUAGCAUUUAUAGCAGCUAAGAAAUGCAUUGCCAUUAAUUGGAGGGUUGGUUAUCCUCCCAUGUCAAAAUUGAUGUCAGAAAUGUCAAGUUAUGUAUCACAAAAUUGUAUUUAUUACAAGAUUAAAAGUGUACUGUGCAACUUUCA